AUGCGGUCCUCGAUAUUCCUUCUCCCGACCCUUCUGGGGCUUGUUGUGGCGCAGACUGAACUUACGGGCAUUCUGGUACCGACACAAGAGCCAGAACCUUCGGCGACGGAGACUGUGAGUGGGCCUAUUAGCACGGCGAAAGCGUGCGCGCAAGUGGCAGAAUUGGUGUCAGAUUCGGACCUCACGACACCGAGUGUUGAGGCUGAGUUGGCGCAUGCAUGCCUCCUCUCCGUACCGUUCGAUUCCGAUGCCGGAACCCUCACAAUCGAAAUGGUGAAACGCCUAGCGGAAUUUCAGUCGACCGUUUCGUACUUGAAGAGCCCCCCGGAGGCCUAUUUUAAUGACCCGGUCGAUAUAAUGAAGGGAUUACAGGAUAUUCAGGACAAUAUUGGGAAAUAUAAGGACGAAUUCACAUUUGAGACGGACAUCGCGUCAUUAAUUGGACAAGCGCAUGAUGGGCACUUCAAUUUCAACGGAAUGGCCUUUAAUGGUGCUUUUAGGUGGCGACGAAGCCGGCAGAUUGCCCUCGUUUCUGGCUCGCAAGAUGGGGGAAUUCCUAAGCUUUAUGCUAUUCAAGACUUCAAUAAGACUAACGCUGGCUACACGCCCUCGGCUGUAACGAAGAUAAAUGGCGAAGACGCGGUUACGUUUAUUGGAAAAGAAGCUCCACUUUCCACAUAUCAUGAUCCGGACACCAGGUGGAAUGCCAUGUUCUACAUGCAGGCGGCCGAAUCAUAUGGAUACUUCACGAAUCCAAGGUAUUAUCCAGGUCCAACAACGAACAUUACCUUCGAAAAUGGGACCGAGCACUCGUAUAUCAACGCUGCAGUAGUUCUGGAUCCUCAGGCAUGGAGCUAUAUUGAGGAUGGCAAGAGUUUCUACCAGACGUACAUUACUCCCUCGUCUACUGGCAACUCCAAAAUCAAGAAGAGGGACCCCUCUUUCCCGCCUACUUUGCUGGAACACCCAAGGGAUCUGGAUCUAGCCCUAACCAGACGUUAUGUUCCCAUCAACUACCCCGAACCUGUCGUUGCCCAUUCCGCAUCGGACGUUAACAUGGGCGGUUACUUCAUCAACGACUACGGCGUGUUAAUGAUGCAGACAUUUAGCACAGAGUCAGUUUCAGACGCAUUGGAAUUCCAGUCCGUUAUUCAAACCUUCAUUUCCGAAGCUGUCUCUCGCAAAACCAAGAAGAUCAUCAUCGACGUGCGUGACAACGGCGGCGGCAAGAUCUUCCUAGGCUACGACGCCUACAAGCAGUUCUUCCCGACGGAAGAACCCCAACUCCAAUCCCGCUACCGCGCCGCCGACGCCAACGACCUCUUAGGCGAAAAGAUCUCCACGCUGGGCUUCAGCACCCGCAACGGCGACCUCUUCACGUCCCCCUUCAACUACCACUCCUACGACGACGCAGAGCUCAAGCCGUUUACAAGCUGGGACGACAUGACCCCCCCAACCUCCUUCAACAACGACAACUUCACAAACCUACUCCGCUACAACCUCUCGAACCCCCUAACCUCGACCUCCUCCGAAUUCUCCAUCGGCGUCACGGUGACCGGCUACCUCGACCGCGCCAACUUCACCACCCAGCCCUUCAAACCCGAAGACAUCGUCAUCCUCUCCGACGGCAUCUGCGCCUCGACCUGCUCCCUCUUCGCCGAGCUCAUGCACACCCAGUCCGGCGUGCGUACCAUCGCCCUCGGCGGCCGGCCCCAGCUGGGCCCCAUGCAAGCCGUCGGCGGCACCAAGGGCUCCCUCGUCCUGCAAAGCACCUACCUCGCCUCCCUCUCCAGCUUCGUGCUGCAGGAAUUCGCGACCACGCAGAGCGAAGCCACCGCCUGGUCCGGGUUCCUGCUCGGCGACUUCGGCAUCGCUGUCAACGCCGCGAGCGUCAAUUUCCAGGAUAAUAUUAGAAAGGGGGACGAGAAGGCCGGGGUGCCGACGCAGUUUGUAAAUGAUACGGCGAGUUGCAGGCUGUGGAUGACACCGCAGAUGUAUUUGAAUGUGACGGCGGUGUGGGAGGAGGUCGCGGCCGUGGCGUGGGGGAAAGGGGGGGCGUUGGAUGAGGGGAGGUGUGUGGGUGGGAGCGCGACGAGUCAGCAGGCGGUGGCGAGUAGUGCAGCGAGUGCGAGUGCGAGCGGGGGGAAGGCGAAGCCGACGGGGAACGUGGUAGCCUUGCGGCAGUCGCAGCCGGAGUAG